CACCUGAAUAUCAGAAUUAUGACAGCCAUAUUACCAUGUCGUUUGCAAUCAGUGAAGCGUACAAAUGAGAUUUCGAUGUAAGUUUAACAGUAAUUAUAACGCGAUCCUCGCCAUCGCUAAUUGUUACAUGGCCGACCAAUUUUCUUCUUUUAUAUUUUUUACGCUGGUUAAAUAAGUUUGGGCUCUACCCAGUGCUGGAUUCUACCAACAUGAAGUUACAUGUAAUAUUUAUUGAAAAACACAGUUUUGUGAUAGUUCCUUUAAUUUGUGUUUUAAGUUUCCUGGAUUUUUCUAAUGCGCAAGAUACGAUAGAUAAUGGAUUGAUUAUAUCCCAGCUUCCAAAUCUAUAUUCAUCCGGGUCUCUAACAACAUUACCAGGCAGCAUUGACGCAUUCAAAACUGCGUCCAUUUUUCCAGUUCGGAAUUUUAAUUUUCAUGAGACUACAGAAAUAAUCAGCAUAGCCACAGAUGCCAACGACCGAAAAAUCUACCUCUUAGAUGGAAAUACUCGUAGCCUGUACAAGAUGAACAAUUUCAACGUCUGGCUAAAUGAUUCGUCCCAGUCCAUUACACUAUUGCACGAAGGCAUAUCAAAAACCUCCACUAAACUUGCCUACGAUUGGCUGACAAAGAACAUCUACUGGACUGACGAGUAUUAUAAUUGGAUAGCAGUCCAAUCUACAAACGAUUCAGAUCCCUCUAUGUUUAGGGUUCUGGUAGAAAAUGGCCUUUCUAAGCCCUUGGCCAUAGCUGUUGAUCCCCUAGUUGGGUAUUUGUUUUGGUCGGAGCACGACAAAACUGGCAAAAUUGAACGAGCCACUUUAGCCGGCGAGGAGAGGGAGACCAUAGUAACGGGGGCGGUGUGGAUCCCCGACAUGGCAGUGGACACAGAGAGUAAAACCAUCUACUGGAUCGACAUCAAGAGGAACACCGUGGAGAAGUGCGACUACGACGGAAACAACAGACACGUGGUACGGAGGUCAAAGUUCACGAGCAUCACCAUGAGCGGCAUCACAGUGUAUAAGGACUUGGUUUGUGUAACCGAAUACCACUCCUAUUUAGUCACAUGUUUGGACAAAACUACCGGAGACAACAAAUGGAUGCGGUACUUCCGGUCUCGCACACCAUGGGCCAUCAGUGUCUACGACAAAACCACGCAAAAAAUCAUCGACCACAGCUGUAACAGUUUGAAGUGUCAACACUUUUGUGUGAAUACCCCUAGCGGCGGAAAGUGUAUGUGCAAGUCUGGGUACAAGCUCGCGAGCGAUAAAGUCACGUGUCAAGAAGAGCAUUAUUUGUUUUCCAAGGGUCUAUUCAUAGCAAACAAAACAGACAUUUGUAUGCUGGACAUACGGGUUAUUACAAGUCUGUCACAUGAACCAAUAUGUCUGCCUCUCAACCGGGAAUCUGUCAAACUUCUGGCUACUUCCGCUGUGGAUAAACGCCUGUACUACACCGACAGUGGAUUUUUGUAUUCAUACGACUUCCUAUCUAACAAAUCCUCUUCUCUCACGCGUGUCGGAAAAAUAUCAGGAUUGACAUUUGAUUGGAUUGAGAACAUUGUGUACUGGAGCGAUUCAAAGAGCAUCAGCUUGUACUCUGUAGGAUCGGGCAUCGUUAACAAGGUUAUAGACAAUGUAGAGAAUCCGUCCUAUCUCACCGUGUGUCCCUAUCACAAGCGCCUUUACUGGAUCACAUCCUCUACCGCCGGGGACCGCAUUGUGUACGCUUCCCUUGACGGCAGUAACAUCACCACUGUCUAUACCAGUGUCACAAAAAGUGGACUGUCAGGACUAUACUAUAACGUUGAUACUAGUAGAAUAUUUUGGAUCGACAACGGAGAAGUGAAAAGUGUCAAAAAUGAUGGAUCUGAUCUGCAGACAUAUUUCACAGUCAACCACGAUAAGGAACUACUUGUUUAUAAAGACUACACCCUGUCCACAACUACUGAAAACGAGCUCCAUUCGGCAUCCCUCGCAUCUCGUCGUAUAGAAUUAACGGUCGAGUUAGAUGGGUUCGGAAAACUUACAGGAAUGGCCAUAUUCGAUCCGGGUCUUCAGAAAAAACAGAAAGGUCCAUGUGAACUGAAUAAUGGAGGUUGUGAACAUAUCUGCCUGCCAAAGGGAACGUUUAGAAAAUGUAUGUGUGGAUUUGGAUACCGCCUUGAAGUUAAUGGAGUUAACUGUUCAAGUGAUACGAUGAAGAAUAAUUUCAUACUGACUGUCGAUUUUACCCACAAAAGAAUGUACCAGAUCUCUACCCAGUCAGCAGUUGUGUCUGCGGUAGACGUUGAUAAAGAUUACUCACCUGCGCGCGCAUUUGUUCAUCACGUGACCUCUGAAAUUUACUGGUCAGACUAUAGAAAUCGCCAGAUCAAAAAGAUGGACCUAUCUGGCAAAAACGUCACAACAAUUUUAAACUUAGGUUCUUUUACUCCAUUUGGGAUUGCCAUUGACUACUCCACUGACCUUCUUUACUACGCGGCGGUUCUCUCUGGACUGACCAGCGCUUCCUUUAUCGGCGUGGUCGACCCUUACACCGGAUACGACCGUCAGAUCAUCACGGAUCUAGCGGCCGCCUAUGAAGUCGUGCUUUAUCCCUCAAAAGGGUAUUUAUUCUACACCGACACAGGAGAUGCGCCAUACAUAGGUAGAUCAUCGAUGGAUGGAACUUUCAAAGAAGCAAUUGUAGCCACCAAAAUCCGCCAGGUCAACGGUUUGGCCAUUGACUAUACGUCUAAACGGCUCUAUUGGAGCGAUGGUGUGCAGGAUGUAAUAGAAUAUUGUGAUUUUGAUGGUAAAAAUAGACACGUUCUUUUGAAAGACGAACAGGCUCAUAUAGCUAACCUUGUGGUGGCUGGCAACUUCGUUUAUUAUACGGCUAUUAACAGACAACGAGUAACAAAGGUGAACAAGAACUCGGGCUACAAAGUCCACUGGAUGAUGGACUCGCAUGAAUAUGGCAGACUGGAGUCUGUGGAUACCCACCCAGGGGACGUUCAGCCAGUGAAUACGGAUUGUCUUAAUAAAAAUGGAAAUUGCAGUUCCAUGUGCAUUCCAACGCUUACUGGAUAUAUCUGCGCAUGUGCAGAUGGAAUGGAUAUGAAAGACAAAUUUACGUGUACACAAGGAGAUAAACGUAAACCUUUGACGAUUUUAAGAGGACUAAGUUACAGAGAAGAAGAAGUGGUGUCUGAAAACAACAUUCCUGUACAGAACCUGGGAGGCCCUAGAGCCGUGAAAGCCGAGGACACCUCUGACGCCACGCCCGUUAUCGCUGGCUCCGUCCUAGGGGCGGUGGUUCUGAUUGGCAUCGUUGUUGUCCUCUUAUUUAUUUAUUUCAAACGAAGGGCAAGAAUAGCCUACGAAGAACAAAUUGACACCCCCAAUGUGAAGUUCGCUAAUGACAGCGGCAUCAGCAACGCUGGAUUUGGUGAUGGAAAUCCAGAAAUAAGAAUCAAUUCUUGAACUUUUAACUUUAUUUACAAAACAAUCAUGUCAUAUAUCAGUAUCUGCAAGAUAGAUGUCAGAAUUCUACAAUUGGUUAUGAGUAUCAAUUUGCUAAUAUUUUUU